CCUCCUCUUCCUCUGUGACAGACAGAGCAGAUCUCAGAGGAGCAGCAGGAGGAGGAGAGUGAGGAAGAGGAGGAGAGUGAGGAAGAGGAGGAGAGUGAGGAUGAGGAGGAGAGUGAAGAAGAGGAGGAGUCCUGCUGCUGAAUGAACGGCUUGUUGGAGUGAAGAACAGGAUCUGCUCAGAGGACUGAAGUUCUGCUGCUGCUGCUGCAUCAGGUCAGACCUGCUCACCAACUUUCACCUUUAGCUGCUUUUUACCUCCAACCUCUGAGGUGGGCGGAGUCAGAGCUGCUUCAUCUUCAUCUUUAAUGUCUGAAAACAACCUGCAGGUUAUCUCAGUUCUCCAGGUCAAAGCAUGAUGAGUGACGUCCGACUGUCUGCGGCUCCGCCUUCCCUCUGUGACGUCACGGCUCCGCCCACAGGAUGUGGUUUCCACGGCAACCAGCCUCCAGCUUUCGUCCUGCCGCCUCGAAACGUCAGGAUCAGCCUGGGGGGCGACGCCCGGCUGGAGGGCAAGGUGAGAGGUCAACCUGAGCCGCAGGUCACAUGGUACAGAGACGGGAAGCCUGUGAUUGGUGGAGGACGCUGCUCGGUGGAGCGAGGUGGGCGUGGCACAUUCAGCCUCCUGGUGGGCGGAGUCACAGAGGAGGAUCUGGGCUGUUACACCUGUCAGGCGACCAAUGAGGCGGGGAGCCGGCAGGUUACUGUGGAGAUCCUGCUGGAAGAAAACUACGGGAAGCAAUGCAUCCUGCCGUCCUGGAAGAGAUCAGGGUCCCGGUCCUCAGCGAUGGAGAACCGGACCAGCAUCUGGAGCGAGAGUCCACCAAAGUUCAUCUCCAAACCCAGCAGAGUGCUGGUCAGACUGGGACAGAGCGGGAAGUUCUCCACCAAAGCCACAGGACGGCCUCAGCCGCAGGUCACAUGGUACAAGGGGGAGACAGAGCUUCAGUCUUCUGGUCGGAUCAGCGUGUUUGAACUUUCUGGUCGUCACUUCCUGGAGAUAAAGGAAGUCCAGGUGGAGGAUGCAGGAAGUUACACGUGUUCAGUCACCAACAGCGCCGGAGCGGCCACCGCCAGCGCUGAGCUCAUAGUUCAGGGUGUUGCUGAAGCCUCGUCCAGCGUUCAUCCACCUGAGGAACCACCAAGCUGGAAACCAGUAGAGGGCAGCAUUUCUCCCAGUCCUGGCAGGUCGACUGCAGACCAGCAACAGGCACAAACUGCAUGCCGGAGGAGCAAACCCCCCGUAGAGCUCCCUCCCGUGGCUGGAAAGAGUACUGCUGCCUCUCAGAUUCAGUCCAGUCGAGCUGAUCCGGUUCAAACAGUCAAGGAGGCGCCGACUGCAUCCAGCUGCAGCAGAGCUUUGAGGAGAUCCGCAUCAGGUUCUGGUCUGCGGUUUGAAGCUGUUCCUCUGGACCAGGAGGCCACAGAAGGAGCCCAGGUCACAUUCACCUGCCAAGUCUCGUCUGUUGCUGACGCCACGGUGACUUGGCUCAGGGACGGAAACCCAGUGAGGACGGGUCCAGGACAUCAGCAGAGACGGGACGGGACUCGUCUGAGUCUCACCAUGGACAGAGUGACGCAGCUGGACAACGGGACGUACGGCUGUCGGCUCAACGCUCCCGAUGGGCUCGAUGUUGCCUCUGCAACAUGGAGGCUGCGCGUCAAUCGUGCGUCCAGGUGUCCGGUGUUCCUGAGUGAGCUGCAGGACUGCAGCGUGUCGGAGGGUCAGUCCGUCAGCCUGCAGGUCCGUGUGGAGGGAAAACCUGAUCCCAACAUCAGCUGGAAGCUCAACGGUCGUCCUCUUCCUCCCAGGACUCGCUCCUCGCAUGUUGGGGGCGUGGCCAAGCUGAUGGUGCAGAACGCAUCGCGCCAUGAUGACGGCGUCUACGUGUGCGUGGCGGAGAACGUCCACGGUCGAGCAGAGAGCAGUGCCCGGGUCCAGGUCAAAGGUAUGGUGCCGUCUCAGAGGUCGGAGGUCGCAACAGCAGGUCGGGCUCCUCGCUUCAUUCGCCGACUAAGCGAUUUGAAAGUGAUGGAUGGCAGCAGAGUCUCCAUGACGGUGGAGCUGAGCGGUGAGCCUCCUCCUCUGGUGAUGUGGCUCCAUGACGGACAGGAGGUCUCGGAGUCGGAGGACUUCCACCUCCUCAAGGAGGAGAACCGCUACACUCUGCUGAUCCAGGAGGUUUUCCCAGAAGACACUGGGGCCUACAGCUGCCGGGCCUGGAACCAGUACGGGGAGGACCAGACCCAGGCCCGGCUCACUGUGGAAGAACCUCAGGACGGCGUCCAGCCCUGGUUCAUCACAAAACCCAAAGCGGUGAGCGCCGUCACGGGUCAACACGUCCUGCUGUCCUGUGCCAUCGCCGGAGACCCGUUCCCCCAGUACACAUGGACCAGAGCGGACCAGAACAGAGCGCUGAGCUCUGGAGGAGACUACGAACUGCUGCAGAAGGAGGACGUCGUCUCGCUGCUCAUCAGACGGGUCAGAAAGCAUCACGCAGGAGACUUCCUGAUCACCCUGAGGAAUAAAGUGGGAGAGUGCAGCGCUGUGGCUCAACUGUCCGUCACCGAAGAAGAACCUGAAGAAGGAGAAAGAAGGACCGCAGCUGCCAGAGGAAGACCAGGAGGAGGAGGAGAAGGCAGGAGGGUCAGUCUGCAGAGGCAGGAGGCUGGUGAGGAGGAGAAGAAGAAGGAGGAGGAUCCCCGAGGACUCCUCAAGCGCAGCGUGGAAACGAGGGAGCGCGGUGAAGAGGAGCUGCGACAGAGGGAGGCGCAGCAGCUGGACUUUCGCUCGCUGCUGGGACGCCGAGCUUUCGCCCGCGACGGUGACACCGACACCCAGAAGAUGGAUUUUAAGGCCAACCUCCGGGGCGUCAAAGGCAAGGCGGAGGAGAAGGCGAACUCCCCGCAGCAGGUGGACUUCCGGAGCGUCCUGGGGAAGAAGGGCGCCGCCGGCAGCAAGCCGGCCGAGACGCCGCCAAAGAACGCUGGAGACUUCCGCUCCGUCCUCGCCAACAAGAAGAAGACGACGCCGGCGGCGACCCCCGAGAAGAACGGAGAGAAGGUGAACAACUGCGUGGAUGGAGGGAUUCACGACCAGAAGAGCGAGGGUGGUGGAGGAGGUGGAGGAGGUGGAGGAGAUGGAGGGACGGCGCCAGAGUUCGUGGAGAAGCUGAAGGAUGUGACGGUGCUGGACGGUCAGCGGCUCCGGCUGGAGUGUCGCCUCGCCUCCGCCGCAGCUGCUGAUGUCACCGUCGCCUGGACGCUGGACGGGAAAACCGUCAAACCGUCCAAGUUCAUCAUCCUCGCCAACGAAGGCGGCCUCUGCUCUCUGACCAUCGACAAAGCUUUGCCGGAGGACGAAGGCCAGUACAAAUGCAGAGCUGAGAACUCGGCCGGCAGAGCGGAGUGUUCCUGUAUGGUUCUAGUCGAUGAUCCACCAGAAAACUCUACGACAGACAAGAAGUCUAAGAAGGCAGCUCCGACCUCAGAGAGUGAAGCCAGAAUAAAGAAGCCAACUGCAAAGACUCCUCCCAAACAAGCUUUGCCUCCUCAGAUCCUCCAGUUCCCAGAAGAUAUGAAAAUCCUGGCAGGAGAAAAGGUGGAGAUCCUCUGCAAAUACUCUGGAGCUCCACCCAUCACCUGCACCUGGCUGAAGUUCAGGAAACCAAUCCAGGAAGGAUCCUCGGACGUGUCCAUAGAGAGCACAGACAGCAGCAGUAAGCUGACCAUCAGCAGCGGGCAGCAGGAGCACUGCGGCUGCUACACCGUGGAGCUGAGGAACAGCUACGGCCUCCGGCAGGCCGCACUCAACCUCACCAUCGUUGACAAACCCGACCCCCCAGCAAAGGUCCCUGCGACCUCUGACAUCCGGCGCUCCAGCCUGACCCUGUCGUGGUACGGGCCGACCUACGACGGCGGCAGCGCCGUGCAGACCUACCACCUGGAGAUCUGGGACUCUGUGGACCAGCAGUGGAAGCAGCUGGUGUCCUGCAACAGCACCUCCUACAACAUCCAGAACCUUCUUCCAGAUCGACAGUACAAGUUUCGAAUUCGAGCUCAGAACAUUUACGGCAUCGGAGAGCCGAGCGCCGAGUCUGAAGCAGUAACAAUGGGACUGGUGGACGACGAUAACCAAGAUGAUGCUGAGGCAGAGGAGGAGGAUGAAGACUCGGAAAAAGAGCCAGAGUACCGAGACGUGACCAUCAAAACCGAUGCGAAGGUGAAGGAGUUUUACGACGUGGAGGAGCGGCUGGGAACGGGGAAGUUCGGUCAGGUCUUCAAACUGGUGGAGAAAUCCACGAAGAAGGUUUGGGCCGGGAAGUUUAUCAAGGCGUAUUCGGCCAAAGACAAGGAGAACGUCCGACAGGAAAUCAGCAUCAUGAACUCCCUGCAUCACCCCAAACUGGUCCAGUGUGUCGACGCCUUUGAGGGCAAAUCCGACAUCGUCAUGGUGCUGGAGAUGAUUUCUGGCGGCGAACUGUUUGAGCGGAUCAUCGACGAGGACUUUGAGCUGACGGAGAGGGAGGUGAUCAAAUACAUGCUGCAGAUCAUCGACGGCGUCAACUUCAUCCACAAACAGGGGAUCGUCCACCUCGACCUCAAACCGGAAAACAUCAUGUGUGUCAACAAAACCGGCAGCAAGAUCAAACUCAUCGACUUCGGCCUCGCCCGGCGGCUCGCAAAUGCUGGAACUUUGAAGGUUUUGUUUGGGACUCCAGAGUUUGUGGCUCCUGAAGUGAUCAAUUACGAAGCCAUCAGUUACCCCACAGACAUGUGGAGUAUAGGAGUCAUCUGUUACAUCCUGUUGAGCGGUCUCUCUCCCUUCAUGGGCGACAACGACAACGAGACUCUGGCCAAUGUCACCUCUGCGACCUGGGACUUUGAGGACGAGGCCUUUGAUGAAAUCUCUGAAAACGCCAAAGACUUCAUCACCAACCUGCUGAAAAAAGACAUGAAGGCUCGGCUGUCCUGCCCUCAGUGUUUUGAACACCCCUGGCUGAAACAGGACACCAACACCAUGAAGACCACCAAGCUGUCCAAGGAGAGGAUGAAGAAGUACAUCCUGAGGAGAAAGUGGCAGAAAACGGGUCACGCUGUUCGAGCGAUUGGCAGACUCUCCUCCAUGGCCAUGAUGGCUGGAGUCAGUGCAAAGAAAGGCUCGCCCACUGAAGAGGACAAUCAGUUCCUGGAGUGUUUGGAGUACGAACAGAAGACGGAAAGUAAACCCACUUUCAGUUCAGUCAUUAAAGACGUGGAGGUGGUGGAAGGCAGCGCCGCUCGCUUUGACUGCAAAAUAGAAGGAUAUCCUGACCCUGAGGUGGUUUGGUACAAAGACGAGCAGCCAAUCAAAGAGACCCGACAUUUCCAGAUCGACUACGAUGAAGAAGGAAACUGCAGUUUGAUCAUUUCAGAGGUUUCAGGUGACGACGAUGCCAAGUACAUGGUGAAGGCCGUCAACAGUCUCGGCGAGGCGACGUGCACGGCAGAUCUGCUGGUGGAGGUGAUGGCUGGAGAGGAGGAGGAGGAGGAGGAAGAGGAGGAAGAAUAAAGAUUCCUGUUGGACGUUUAGGAGGCCUGCUGCUCCUCAGUCUGUCAGAAAAUUCACUCACAGUAACAGGGGAGGUAUGGGUGGGCGGAGUUUCUCAUUGUUUCAUUUUCAGGCGGUGCAGUUCACUAUGUCAAAUGAACCAAAACAAUUUUUAAAGUUGUUCCCCUCCCAGCCUGUGGGGGCGCUGCAACAAGAACUACUGAAAGAAACGGCACAAAAAGACAAGAGUGCAACUUCCUUCUUCAGGAAAUGUAAACAAUAGAAUAGAAUAGAAUAGAAUAGCAUUUAUUGUCAUUGAACAGGAUUCAACAAAAUUUCUAUUGCAACUCCCGUGAUUUUAAUGAUUGUAGGAUUUCUCUUUAGUCUUCAACAAAAGACCACAAGCCAAUUCUCCCAGUAGCAGUCGACUCUUGCCUUUGUUCUGUUUGUAUUUACCCAGAAUUCCCUGCGUUGUAGUCUGCUUCCUGCUUAUGUUUCGGUCUCCAGUAAGUUUGGCCUUCAGAUAUACAUUCGAACUGCACUAGUUUACUUCAGAACCAAACUGAGACUGAAGUUUGUAGACAGACCAGUGCUUGUUUUUUAGUUUGCAUCAGUUUGAUUCACAUUCACAUCUCCCCGAACAAACCAGACUUUCUAGACAAAUGAACUAGAGUUUUAUUGAAGUGGACUAAACAGGAUUGGUGUGAAUGCAGCAAACAGUUCAUCCCUGCAGCUUGGACUGUGUUAGACUCCGCCCACCUGAUGCCCCGCCCACCAUCCAAUCUCUUGAUGUCACAUCAGUUGGACUGACUUCCUGUGAGCAACUGCUCCUCCAAAAUAACCACACAGACACUUCCUGCCGUUUCACAUGAAGAUCAACCAUAACCAGUUCCUGAUUUUACAAGAUUCUCAAUUUCAAAACAUCAAAUAUCUUUCUCACAUGGACUCUGGAGGUUCCUCCAACAGGCUCCUUCCUGCGUCAGCAGCUUGAACCUGUACAUGUUUCAUUCAUAAUGCCUCACUUUGUCCCUGUUUGAUUUGAAAACAAAGUUCCAAAGCAUGAGGAAAAGCGUGUUUGCCAACACUUUAAGUUUAACCUUUUUGUCUGAUCCAAGUGCAGGAGGGGACAGAGAGAAGAUGGCCGACCCGCCUUCUUUAAAUUAAGCAUCAUUAGAGUCAAACGUUUGUGCAGCAAACAUUUUCAUGUGCCACUUUGAUUUUAAAGAUAUCAAUAAAUGUUUUCAAAGGUCAUCGAAGGUCAAGCAGUACUCCCAUAUUUACAGUAUCACAUUAAAUAUGGUGUCAAUCAAAUGUGCUGUUUAUGUUAGUUUGUGGACAAACUAACAAACUACUUUAUGCUCAAACAUCACUAAGCAAAAAAAGGUUACUUGAGAUAUUUGUGCUGCAAAAAGUUUCUUUUGUCCUGCUAUACUUUUCAAGAUUUAAAAAGUUACCAGAGAUCACUCUGCCCUCACACCCCCACAUUAACAAAAUUAUCAUUUUGUUUGUGCUGCUACAAUUUUUAAGAUUUAAAGACAAAAGUUUCCAGAGGCCACCAGAAAUCAACUUAUCCUUCCACUCUCACAUUAACAAAAUGGAUAUAAAUUAUUUCUCUAGUUUGUGCAGCUAUUGACACCAAAUUUUCUUUACUUUGUAAACGUGGACUUGCUGAUUGACCUUUGACCUCUGGAUGCAUUUAAAUAUAAUCCUUCCUUUACACAGGACAAAUCUCUUGAAACUCUUUAUCUCAUUUACAAGAGGCGCCUGCAACAUACUUUACAACAAUAUAAAAGCAGUGAUACGAUCUACCAAAUAAUUCUAGAAGUCAGUACUAUAUAUUGACAAUUAUUAAUAUCUUUAAAAUGACACCAGCACAAAUGAAAAACGUUUGACUUUAAUCUGAAGAAGGUGUGGCGGCCAUCUUUACUCAGGUCAGGAGAACUUCACUGUGUCUGUGCCUUAAAGCUGCGCUGAGCCCAGUCUGAGCUCCAGGUUCUGCGGUGAUCACAUUUGUUCUUUAUCUUCUGCGACCGAGCUUCUCCUGUUGAUAUCCGACAAUCCAGCUUCACUCUUUAUCUUCAUUUUGCGUUUCAGCUGCAGGUUUACGAAGCUUCAGUCACGUUUGGCCUCCUGCUGUGAGCCUUAAAGCGACACCCUGAGUCACACUCAGAGUUUCUCCGUCACGCUGUGGGACAAUUUCCUUCCUCUGUGGCCUUAAAAAAAAACUGUUAAUGAAUCAGGAAAAUCUAAAACCUCAGCAAGAAUUUCCCAGUUUCUGACUCCAAGCAUCACAAAGGAGCAGAUAAAAUGUUUUAUUGGAUUGCUGUGAAGUCUCUCUGUGUGGCGACAGAAACUCUGGGUGAAAGUCACAUUCCAGCUGUUUGUGUUUGAACCUUUUCAUGAAAUCUGAUUCCUCUUAAAAAUCAGACACCAAAGAUGUUUUUGUUUUUCCUGCUAACUCACAGGUGUGUUUGUGUGCGUGCGUAUGCGUGUGUGAGUGUUUCCUCUGCAGUUUUCAACCAUGCGGUUUGUGUGUUUGGAGUCUGUUUUUUGUUAUUUAAUGCACAGAUUUUUAAUUAUAUGAUAAUUCUUCCAGAAGGUGUUGCAGCACUUCAUGUCCCCGCCUAUUAAAGCAGAGGUGGACUCACUCUUUGUUUUGUUUUUGUAUUAGAUGUAUGUAGAUUUAAUUACUUUAAUUUUUAUAAAAAAUAUACCAGUUUGAUGAACUGUAUGAGAACACUACGACUGUAGUUACAGAAAACAAAUAAAUUUUUAUCACUAAACAAA